ACUGAUUUUCGUGGUUUCGUUUACUGCCUCAAAACUUUUCCAAAAUUUAAUGUAUCAAAUUUAUUAGAAUUGUUGCAAUGGAAAUCGACAAUCAAUUUGAGGAUUCUUUUGAUCCCAGUGUUUAUCCAGAUUUGUUGCCCAUUUAUUACAAACGUUUAUUUCCAUUUUCUUUAUAUCACAAAUGGUUAAGAUAUAAUGAUGAUAAACUCUUUAUAAAUAGAGAGUUUUCUUUUACUCUAAAAGAUGAUGUAUAUUUAAGAUACCAAUCAUUUAAAGAUGAAGAAGAUAUGAGGAAAGAGGUUAUACAAAAAUGCCCUCAUAAAAUUGAUAUAGGAGCUGUGUACUCUUGUCGGCCUAGUGACCAACGCACAGCUUCAAAUUUUCAUCCUUUGGAAAAAGAACUUGUUUUUGAUAUUGAUAUGACUGAUUAUGAUGAAGUAAGAACAUGCUGUAGUGGAGCUGACAUCUGUAAAAAUUGCUGGCCUUUUAUGACUAUUGCCUUGAAGAUCUUAGAUAGAGCUUUAAGAGAGGACUUUGGUUUUAACCAUCUUCUUUGGGUUUAUUCUGGUAGAAGAGGAAUCCAUUGCUGGGUGUGUGAUAAAGAAGCUAGAGAACUCAGUCCAGCAGCACGUAGUGCCAUUGUUGAAUAUUUAAGUGUAAUUAAGGGUGGGGAAUACAAAGCCAAAAAAGUUCAUUUGCCUGAAACUUUACAUCCAAGCUUAAAGCAAGCAGAUAAAAUUGUUUCCAAGUAUUUUGAAGAUCUCAUGUUAAAUAAACAAGAUUUCUUAGCCACUCAGGAGAAUUGUGAAAAAAUAAUUGCAAUGUGCUUGGAUCAAAAUGGUAAAGAAUAUCUAAAGAGUGCUCUCAAAGAUUCAAAAUCCAGCCAAGAAAAGUGGGAAAUUAUCAAUCAAAUUGAUGAUGUUGUGAUAGCGAAAGGAGUUAAGAAUCGAUCAAAACAUUUCCUAACAGAGGUAAAAUUCCAGUUAUGUUACCCUCGUUUAGAUAUCAAUGUAACCAAAGGAUUAAACCAUCUUCUGAAAGCACCAUUUUGUGUCCAUCCAAAAACAGGACGGGUUUGUGUUCCUAUUGAUGUCAAGACAGUUGAUUCUUUUGAUCCAUUUUCAGUACCAACUAUUUCGAGCCUCUGCAAGGAGAUUGAUGAAUAUGAUGCUUCUCUGAAAGAAGUCAAUAAACCUGAAGACACCAUGGGUGAAGAUCAAAAUUCUAUAGCAGCUAAAAUUGAAGAUUACAAUAAAACAAGCAUGCGUACAUCAAUAGAAAUUUUCAGAAAAUUUGUAAAAAAUUUUGACUUAUGUUGACUAUUUUAGAUGUUAUAAUUUUAUAUAUGUGCAUAUAAAAUAUAAUCAGAUAUACCUUAAAUUAUUAUUGAUGCAUUGUUUUGUACGUAAAGUAACAAAAGAUUAUUUUAAAAAAAACCUUUUUUUUUUUAUUAUUAUUAUUAUUCUUAGAGUUGUUUGAACUUAAACAUUUAUCUACCUGUUUUGUAUUCCGAUCGGUAGUUGCAUAUAAAAUUACAAAGUAUUGGGUUGAGUAAAAAGUCAUUGAUGUUUUUUUUUUUUUUUCCCUAUAUUUUUCAAAAUUAUAUUUAUUAAAAGUCAAAGCUCAAUCAAUGAUAUAUGUUUCCUUUUGUUCAAUGAACUUCAUAAUUCUCCGUUCAUAGAAAAGCCUGUCUUUAUUUGUGAAAAACUGAAAAGGUGCUGAUUUAUAGCCUCAUCUGAAUUUAACAUUAUUCCAGGCAAGGAGUUUUGAAGACAGCGAAACAAGCAGAAAUCUGAUGAUGCAAAGUCAGUUAAGUAUGCUGGGUGGGACAACACAUCCUAUCCAAGCUCUAAUAAUUUUUAACUAGUUGCCAAAGGUGAGUGUGGUCUUGCGGUGUCAUGAUUUAAGACUGAUGAGUUCCAGAUGUUUCUAAAUGAUAGCUUCUUUCAAACUGUCCAGUUGCCUACAGUGCACAUCGUUCGAUUGUUCCUUGGUUGGAGCUCAAAAAACACCACGCUGUGAGCAUAAUCUUCCUUUAAUGAAGUUCUGCUUUUGAAAUCAAUGGUGAAGCAUCAUCUCAGGACUAAAACUGUUUGCUCACCACAUUGUUGUAAACAAUCCAUUUCUCAUCACCAAUUAUUCAUUUCAAAAAAAGGAUUAUUUUCUUCACAUUUCAUGAAUAUAACACAGAUGUUUAUUCAUACCAUCAAAUGAACUUUUGAGAGUUCAUGAGGAACCUAAAUAUUGAGCUUGUUUAUGUAUUUCAGCUUCUUUAGGUGGAUGUGAACACUUUGCAGACACUAAAGAUCAGUCAAAAACCUCUUGUGUCAUGUAAUAUGAUUUGACUAGAUCAAUGUCUUUAUUUUGUUAUCAUCAAUCUGGGCAGGCUUUCUUGAUCCAAGAGUGUCUUUCAAAUCAAAAUCACCGUCACAGAAUUUCUUGAAUCAGUUUUGGAUUGAUGUUCAUGUAAAGAAGUAUCACCAUCGAAAAUUUGCACAAUUUUUCACAAACUUGACUUGCGUUUAUUUUUUCUUUUUCCCUUUAUGGAAGUAAAAUAUGGUGAAAAUAAAUAAUUUGGUUUUCAAUAUGCUAUCAAAACUCAAUGAGGCUUAAACUCAGUGAUCAAUGAAUUACCACUGUAAAUAUUUCAAGUAUUUUAGAAACGACUACUGCCAUCUGAUACAGGGGGAAAAAAAAAAAAAUUACUGCAAUUACUUUUUAUUUUACCUAAUAAUUAAAAUCAUGUGGAAAAGAAGAAAAAAAGUGAUCCACCUGAAAUUUUCACAUUGACUUCCCAUAAAUGUGUUAUCCCACCCACGUUCAUAAAAAUUGUGGAUUAUGGGCUAAGUCAGGAAUGCCUCGAUUUGUAUUUCCAGAAUUUUGCACAUGAGCAUUUUGUGCUUCAUAAUUUAGUGAUGAAAACUGAAGAUACAUUUUGGAUGUCUGUUUUUUGAACAGUUAAAGCCAAAAUUUAACACAAAUCUACAAUUUUAAUUACAAGAUUGCAUAACUAAUCAUUGCAUUUUUUUUAUUUAUUACAUUUAUAUGCAUGCAACUGAAUUGAUUCAAAAUUUGAUAGAGAUCUCCACUUAAUAUGUUAAAAUUAUAUACCAAAUUUUAUCCAUCUAACUCUUUCUAUUUUGUAAAUUUGCACUCAGGCAAGCAGAGACAAUCUUCUUAAAAAUGUAUUUAAAGAAAUCUAUAAAUUUAAUGUACAGACCAUAUGUUAAAAUUUCAGCCAUCUUAUGUCUACAAAGUUAGACAUAAUUCCACAAUUGUGAUAUUGGAACCCAAAGAAGUUUAAAGCACUAAGGUUCAUCAAAAUUUCUACAAUGCUUUUUCUUAGUGUGGGGGAAGGUUAAAAAAAUUGUCAAAUUAAACUGAAUUUUUACAUAAUAAAUUUGAUAAAAUUUUGCCAUAUUAAAAAGUUUCAACUACGAAAAAGUAAAAUUAUUUCUCUUUAUUUUGUAAAGAAUUGUAUUAAUAAUGAUAGAAGAGCAAAUAUAAAAAUGUAUAACAAUAUAUAUUUAUUCUAGAUUAAAAUAAUACA